UGAUCUUCUAAAACAACAACCGAAAUCGUAAUCGUAAUCACAAAGAAUUGGCGAUAAAUAGACGAAAAUUAAAAGCAGUUUCGUUUGCUGAUUUUAGUAGCGAGCGAACAACAAACCCAUUUGGACAAACAUGGAGCUGUUCCGUCUUGGAUUUUUGAUAGCGCUGCUCCAUCAGCUGACGGUUGGCGUCCAAAGUGCCAAGAUUUUGGCGGUCUUUCCGUUUCCCGGCAAAUCGCAGUAUAUAUUCGCUGAGCAGUACCUUAAAGAGCUGGCUAAAAGAGAUCACAAUGUGACGGUAAUAAAUACCUUUGGCAGCAACCAAACGGAGCCCAACUUUAAAGUAAUUGGUGCAACCAAAAUACACGAUCUAAUGGCAGCUUAUAGCAGUGCGGACUACAAUCAGAAGGUCAGCCAGUGGACAGUGCUGACCAUGACCACGGCGUUCCUGAACAUGUUAACGUCUAGUGUGUUGGAAGACGAAAAAGUGAAGCAAUUGCUCGAAGGCGCCGAAACCUUCGAUUUAGUGCUGCUGGAAACUGUGCAGACUGAGGCCUUGUUUGGUCUGGCGCAACACUUUAAGGCUAUGACCAUAGGCAUCUCAUCCUACGGCACAGAUCGCCACAUCGAUGAACUAAUGGGAAACAUUUCGCCGCUCGCCUACAAUCCCAUGCUCUUAUCCUCGCGCACCGAGCACAUGAGCUACGAGCAGCGCCUGUGGAACAUUUGGGAUGCCAGUCUUGGCUGGCUGCAUAAGCGUCUGGUCCAUAUGCCCAGUCAGCAGCAGCUGUAUAAGAAAUACUUUCCCCAGGCCAGCCGGACGCUGGAGCAGGUGCUGGACAACUUCUCGCUGAUGCUGCUGGGGCAGCACUUUACGCUCAGCUAUCCGCGUCCCUAUCUGCCCAACAUGAUUGAAGUGGGCGGACUGCAUUUGCAACACUCGAGAGAGCCCCAACCGCUGCCUGUCGAGUUGGCCAAGUUUGUGGCGGAUGCCCAGGAUGGUGUCAUAUACUUUUCUAUGGGCUCAAACAUCAAGAGUGCCGAUUUGCCGGAGGCAACGCGUCAAGUGCUGGUGCAGGCUUUUGGCAGCCUCAAGCAGCGCGUCCUGUGGAAGUUUGAGCAGGGGCAGCUGGAGGACCAGCCUAAAAAUGUGCUCAUUAGCAAAUGGUUCCCACAGCCUGACAUUCUGGCGCAUCCCAAUGUGAAGCUCUUCAUCACACACGGCGGCCUGCUGAGCACCAUCGAGAGCAUCUACUUUGGCAAGCCGGUGCUGGGUCUGCCUGUUUUCUAUGAUCAGCACUUGAAUGUGGAGCGCGCCAAGCAGGCGGGCUUUGGUCUGGCCCUGGAUUUGUGGACCAUGACUGCCGCCCAGUUGCACGAUCAGGUUGUGCAGCUGCUCAGCAACUCCAGCUACACACAGGCAGCGCAGCUAAGGUCGAAGCUAUUUCGCGAUCAGAAGGAUACGCCGCUCGAACGCGCCAUCUGGUGGACGGAGUAUGUACUGCGGCACCACGGCGCUCAGCACCUGCGUUCAGCAUCGCGUGACCUGAGCCUAGCCCAGCUGCAUGGCCUGGACACAUGGGGCCUGUUCUGUGGCGUCACAUCGCUAAUUGCCUUGGUGUUUGUAUUUGUGAUCUCGGCUCUGUUGAGAGUAUUACGCUAUAUUCUAUGUAGACGUUGCAAGAUCGACGCUAAACAAAAAACACAGUAGCUCUCAAUAUAAAUGGUAGAUGGUAAAUAUUAAAACUGAAAAUAUAUGGGAAAUUACACGAUUUAUUUGUAUUUAUAUAUUUCUAACAAAUAACAAUUCCUUAAUGAUAUUUAACUUAAAUACUUAUUUGGUAAACUUACUUUAUGUGAGAUUCCUUUAGAUUGUUUAAAAAUAAACAAGCCCAUUUAAAAAUA